AUGGAUAUAUCAAAAGCAAAACCCAAUAUUGAUGUCGUGUCCGAGAAGGACGGUGAGAAAGUAGUGCCUGAGAAGGGCGGAGAGAAGUUGGUGCCCGAGAAGGGCGUAGAAAGUAAGAAAUCGGGGCUAGAACUCCUGAAAGAGUGUUCGGUAGUACUGGGCGAAGAUGUUGGUCUCUUAGGUCGUCGUCGUACUCGCCAUAGUCUGUUGAAAGCGGUUGCGGGCGAGAUCGACUGCGGGUCUACGCGGUCGAGCUCGUGUGCAACCCCAACUGAGGAGAUGGAAAUGGAACCGUUGCCGUCUACGUCUGGUCUCCGUUCCUGGCGUAAAAGACACAUUGCCGAGUCUGACACAGACUCUAUAGUUGAGGAUGAGGGCGAUGUCCAGUCCGCCCGCAAAAGGUCCGGCAGCCCUAGAGUGGGGUCGAGAGCAAGUUCUCGCACAAGGAAGAAGGAGGAAUGUCGGCGGCAGUUCGGCUACCGAUUCUUUGAGGACGAUAUAACCAGAGCGGUCCCUGGGGCGGGUGCUACCAAGUCUGGAUUGCCUCCAGCGACGGCCCUGGAUUAUCAUGAGAGUGACUUCUUCUCCUCUGGGGAUGAAGCGUCGGAUAUACAGUCGGAGUCGGAUAGGCCGACGGCGUCUGGCGCCACUGCCACUGCCGCCGCCGAGAAUAAGAAUAAAGUGGCCGAGGAGGUAAUCCGCAGGGCGAAGUGUCUCGUCCACCGGCAAGCGGAUGCUCUCACCGAUGUUGUGAAGAAGGCAGGGAACCUCAAAGGGACCACCAUAAGGACCCUGAAAGAGGGUUUGGCCGGGAUCACACAGGUUGUGGACACCUUGGAGGGGGCUCUAUUUCCGACGUCGGUCUCUCCACUGGUCUCAAAGAACCUGAGACUUGAGCAGGAAGUCGAGUACCUGCGUCGGCAGUUGGCCGAGGCUCGUGCUGCCAAGCCAGCUGCCAAGCCAGCGGCCAAUGCCGGUAUCUCGGCGGAUGUUGUCCCUGUCGUAGGGAGUGAGGCGAGCGCGUUCCGCGCUCAAAUAAUGAGGGACGUCGGCGGAAUCGUCCGCCAAAUGGUAGGGACGCUUAUGAAGGAGGUGAAAGAGAUGAUCUCUGCCCUCCCCUCCACUGAGAAGGUGUCGUCUGCGUCUGCGUCAGAAACGGGUCGGGCCAAGAAAAAGAAGGCGAAGAAGACGCCCGUCACACCGGCGCCCUCUGGACAGCCCGAGUCGGUAGCAACAACAUCCGCUCAGCCGCCUGUGCAGGCGACCGCGUCCUCCUGGGCGACGGUCGUAAAAGGAAAACGGGGCAAGACCGUCAGUGUUCCCGAAGGGCAGCCUGUGGCUGUCAACCCUCCGGUGACGAAAGCCGGUUCGGCCCCCUCGAAGAAGGCAAAGAAGACGAGCGCACCCUCGCCUUCUAAACUGAAACCGCCUCGCUCCGCGGCGGUUAUUAUUACGUUGGACCCAGAGGCGGAAAGGGAGGGUGUCGCGUAUGCGAAUGUCCUUGCGGAGGCCAAGAGAAGGAUCGAUCUCCGCGCAUUGGGGAUCGAAGAUAUGCGGUUUCGCACCGCGAUCACCGGCGGUAAGGUUCUAGAGGUUCCAGGUGCUGAUGGCGCGAGAAGGCCGACGUUCUGGCGUCGAAGCUCCGGGAGUUCAUCCCGGAGAAUAUGGCCAAAAUCUCCAGGCCCGUAA